AAACUGGCUAUACUCCAAGCUCCAAAGGACAUUGUCGUGCAAAGACUCGGGCAACCUGCCAAUUUGACUUGUAUAGGCUCUCUUCCACGUUUGACCCCAGUCUGGUAUUUUAAUGGUCGCAUCAAGCCAGCCACCCGAUAUGCUGGUCCAUGUAAGCAAUAUCGGCUGCUACACCUUGUAUGCGUUUAG